CGGUCGAUGACGGCGGCGGGCGGUCACAGCAACUGCCGGCCUUUUGGCCCGAAAUUUCCAUCGGUUCUUCGUCUCUUCUUCCAAACUCUCCCACUUACUUUUCUUUCUCUGUGUUUGUCGAGUCAGCCGGCAUUUGGAAACGGCUACCUUAUUCCCUCUCCACUCUUCUUUGUGUAUCUCACACCAGCAUUCGUUCUCUGCUGGACGUCGCCGUCGCCGUCGCCGACCCCCCUGUUACUGCUGGCCCAGACAGGAUAGAAACUCUCCGGCUCCAAUCCGGGAUCUUUGCUGAUGCUCGCGUUGGCCUCCCACAGUAGAGCCUGCAGUUCGGCCUGCAGUAGCCUACACACCGUCGUCCGUGAUCGACUCUUGGCCUCCUUUGCUACCGCAAAGAAACCGUCCCCUCGUCGAUUGACCUCCCGAUCAUCCUUCUGUCUUGCGCCCGUCGCACGAACUCCGCCGUCUGCCGAUUAUCGCCGAACUUUUCAUACAACCGUGCCGCUAUCCUCCCAAUCCUCAUCUCCUCGUAUAUCUUACCGGGUCGCUGCUUCAGCCUCUGGCAAGGGCCGUCGCUUUCACCCGGCGAAGAACUCGUACGACUUCAAUCCCGACCUCCACCCGGCUAUCGGCGUUGCAACAGACACUCAGGAUCCUGCACUGCGAAGGAAAAGGAGACCUGACAGCGGCGAGGAUGCAUUCUUCGUCAGCAAGGUCGGAAAUGGCGACUCCGGAGCUAUCGCAUUCGCCGUAGCUGAUGGCGUUGGCGGAUGGGCGGAAUCCCGCGUCGAUCCGGCGGAUUUCUCUCACGCCCUCUGUGGCUACAUGGCGCAAUCGGCCCUUGCCUGGGAUGCACCAGCGGAGCAAUUGCGGGCGAAGCAUCUUCUCCAGGUGGGCUACGAUCAGGUAGUAGCAGACAAGUCGAUUCCAGCCGGUGGCAGCACCGCGUCCGUCGGGGUUGGCUUGGACGAUGGUCAGAUUGAGUUAGCGAAUCUCGGCGAUUCCGGCUCGGUCCUUCUACGACUCGCCGCUGUGCACCAUUACUCGGUGCCGCAAACUCACGGGUUCAACACUCCGUACCAACUCAGCAUCAUUCCUCCUCGGAUGCGCGCCCAGGCGUCCAUCUUCGGCGGUGCCUUUCUUGAAGACUUCCCCCGCGACGCGGCCGUCACCAACCUUCAGAUGCAGCACGGAGACGUCCUCGUGUUAGCCACCGACGGAGUCUUCGACAACCUCAACAACCAAGAUAUCCUCAAACUGGUGUCCAGCCGCAUGGUCCUUACGGGCGCCUGGACCUCCACCGAGGAGGCCGGGAUCCAGCCCUCAGCGGAUCUGCACCAACUCACCGGCCCCGAAGGCCUUGCGCCGCUUCUCCCCGCAUCCUCCCCCACGCCAUCAUCCUCGUCGACCUCCUCCACUUCCUCUACCUCCGCCGCCAGCACAUCCUCAUCCAGCAAAUCCGCCUCCUCAAACCCCCGGGACCAAGUCUACAGCCUCCAAUCCUUAAUAGCAGCCACCAUCGCCGGCGAAGCCAAGCUAGCAAGCAUGGACGUGCGUCGCGACGGGCCUUUUGCCAAAGAAGCUCAACGCUACUACCCCGGAGACUGGUACCGCGGCGGCAAAGUCGAUGACAUCUCAGUCGUAUGUGUCAUUGCGGUGGAAGAGGGAUACUCCGGCCCAUCCACACCAACAGCCAACUAGUCCCCCUCCCCUCCCCGCCCGACGAAUAAUUAUUUCAUGAUGGCCCUCCUGCAACCCACCCCGGCGUUCGGUUCACUGCAAACAACAUAUACAGCA